UAACUGAUUUCUCUAAUAUUUAUUUAUUCUGCUCGUAGGUCGAUGCCUCCAAAUGACUCCUUGAUCAAUGGCUAAAGCUAACUCUGCAAACGACUACGAUAAUUCCAAGUUUUGCAACUAUAGAAAGUAAUGCUUCGACCACGUUCCCGAGAGAAAUUACUAGGAAAUAAAUUUGCAUUAUUUAGACAGAGAAAAGAAGAUGUUAAAGGUACUUUAUAACGAUAGGCAGGUAAUAAUCUGCAUUAUCUGGUGAGCAGAACGUCUGUAACAGAGGUAAAGAGCUUAGCUUUUCGGAACACCCCGGAAAAGUGUCGUCUGGUUCUUAUUGCGGGUGCGACGGAGUGGUGGGGGAUGAUCGCAACCAAUGAGCCCGCGAAAAGCGGCUCCUGCGCGAUGCGCGUGGCGCGCUGCGCCGCAUAAUCUUGCGUAUCAGUGAUCGGCAGUGCCAUCCAGAAGGCAGUAGCUUACGGGUUCGAACGUGGUGUGUAAUUUAUCGAGCCCUUAUUGGUGCGAUCGGUGAAAAAAGGGCAACGCGCGAGCGGGGGUAGAGGCGCGCACGGUAGUGGGUGCACGAUAACUCGCGAGUGUUGGGAAAAUCUAGUGCCCGAGCCAUCAUGGCGAACCCACGGAAAUUCAGUGACAAGAUCGCGCUGCACAAACAGAAGGAAGCGCAAGAGAGAGCGGCGUUCGAGGCGAUCAUGCGAGAGGUUUCGGACGUCACAAGCAGACUGUAAAAUAAAAUAAUUUAGAAAACUGCGAGAAAGCCUCCACGAUACGUUUAUACACGCAUCUUAACGAUUGCGAUGUAUCUCAGUUUCCGCAAAAUUUAGAAUAAUACUACGUAAAGUAUCCAAUUCGACAUGGAACGACUCGUCAUUUUUCAUUUGACGAUCGUAUCGCUGUGUCUUACGAGUCUAGACUCGGAAUAAAGUUGUUUCGAGGUCCGCGAGGUGUUUGUACAGCCCCGCUCUUGUGUCACGUUACGUCGUCGAUACGUGGAGGUUUAUGAAAAAAAAAAAACAAAAAACAAAAAAAAAACGAAGUCUGCAUGGACGACGUGUUAUCGGUGGUAAGAACGAUAGAUCGUCGGUGGAUCGAAAAAGUUGGUGGCGAUAUGAACGAUGGACCUGCUUAGGUCGCCUCGGCGAGCAGCUCGGUGGGCGCCAGUCCCACGGGAUCUGGGGUACUGGAAACCCCGCUGUCCGUGAAGAGUGCCGGCGCCAGCCCACCGCAGUCCAGCGGCAAACACCUGCACAUUAACCUGGGCAAUCAGUUCAGGGCGGGCGGCUCUCUGCCAAAUGUAAACAACAACGCGAAUUGCGGGAACGACGCGAAAGAGCACGCAUUGCCGCACACCGCCGCUAUCCACUCGAUUGACCUUAAGACGGCGCUGAGCAACCUGGAGGAAAUGCAGCACAAUUCUAUGGUGUACCGCAGCAACGAUAGAAGCAGAAACAUGGGGGUUGGACCGAUGCGGUCUCGUCCGAUGGACAAAAGGCACGACACCUCGCCGUACAGUGGCGUCCCGUAUCUAUCACCACCUCCGCCGGACACCUGGAGGAGAACCAAUUCGGACUCGGCUCUACACCAGAGCGCCAACGAAGCCUGCCAGUCGACCAACGCCAUCCCCCAUCGACGAGGUAGCGAUACACAUCAACACACGAUGAGCGGAUCUGGAAGCGAGAACAGAGACCUGCACCACGGAUUCAUCGAACGGCCAAGAUCGUCUUGCGAGAUGCCUAGAGUGCCUGGGAUAAACAUAUAUCCGAGCUCUCAGCCACCGGGACAACAAAUCCCAAUAGGCAACAAUACAGGAUCGUUGCCCGAUCUGAGCAACGUCCACUUCCCAUCUCCUCUUCAUACACCUUUGGACCAGGAGGAUCAUUCGAGCAGUACACCGUUCAGCAAUAGUCCUCAAACGAGCAGUCCCACAAACCUGUCGCCGACCAGCUUGGCUCAAGCUGGUAGGCUAUCCUUUUCACAGGAUCACAAUCCGACCAGCGCCCAAGGUGUGGCGCUGGAAAACAGCACAAGUACUUCGCAACAGGAUCUUCAGAGCUAUUCGCAACAACCGGGGCCGCCGCCGCCGACGGCGACGUCCCACAGUCCAGUUGGCCACUACAUUUAUCAACAACCGCCGCACAGUCCUGUGCCACCGCAAAGUCCAAAAUCGUCGCAGUCGCAUCAAUCGCAGCAACAGCAGCAACAGCAGCAACAGCAGCUCAACUCCUUAGGGUCGUACAGAUCCUCGCAGCAGGUGAACAGGCCGUCACCACAGUCGUCGCCUAGUCUAACGGUUCAGGGAAGUCCCUUGAGCUACAGCAACAACCCGUCGGCGCCUCCUAGUCCAACAGGGCAUCCGGGUCCACCGAAUCUGACGUCGGACGGCCUCGAUCAGAACAAUUACUUCCUGAACCAGGCGCAGGCGGCGGCUCUUCAGCAGGAUUUCGAGCAGUUCACGAUGGAUUGGCCGAAAUUCGCGCAGCAGCUCAUGGAACUUGGUUGCACCUGGACCACGCAGAUAGAGAUGGACACGCCUGUGCCGACCAACACGAUCGGAUCGUACAUCGGCGAAAACCACACCACGACUUACACGCAGAACGACGUGAUAAAUGUCGGAGGUGAAUUGGGCAGCGGAGAUGCAGGUUAUUUCAGCACGAGCCCACAAAUGGCGUAUCAACCAACGACGACGUCGACCGCCACCACUACCACCCAACAACUCACGCCACAGACACCGAACACCCCGACGAUCAUCCUCACUGACUUUUCCGGGGCGGACGACCUGACGAACCCGGAAUUCGUAAAAGACCUCGGGACGGCGAUGAUGGGCGAUUUCGAUCCAGAUCUCUUUCCGUCGGACGACGCUCUCAGGCAGGGCCUCGGCUCCAUCGACGUGGACGGUUUACAAAUGCUCACCGACCCGACGAUGGUCAUAUCCGAUCCCAGCGCCGAAGCCCACUUUAGGCUAGAUCGACUUUAAGGCGAGACACUUUACUCAUUUGCGAUUAUGCGCUGACUAUAUUACGUAGGAAUACAAAUUCUUAUCUGUCCUGGUGUCGCGAUUUAUUCUUGGGACACUUUGACAAAUGGGACCGAGUCUUGUUCGUUCGGUCGCCCGACGCGUCUCCGACGAGCGAUCGUUUUCCGCGAUCGCGAUCGAUUCCCUGUUAGAUAUCACGAGAACCGGACCACCGAUCGGAUUCGAAGCAACGGUGGGACGAAUUGAAAAAGCAUUUGCGUCGGAAAUUCGGCCGGCGACCAACGAAAUCGAUAAGUCCCGUUCGUGAUAAACCCUUAAUCGAGGAUUAAGUAAUACAAAUCUUUAUUAACCUUUUUUUUAUUUUAUACUACUUUGUACAUUGUAUCAUGUAUGAUCUCUAAGAAGCACAAAACAAAAUGUCUACUGAUUUAUACAUGCUUUUGUCAUAUACGAUCCUAGUAAAGUAAAUCUACCGUUUAGGUGAUGUUAACGUUAGAAGGAAAUUACCGUGGGUUGAUCGUUGUGCUCCUCGUCGAGCGAGUCGACAGGGUGUAUACUUAAUAGGGAAGAAAUAGGAGCAUGAGAAACGCGUGAAGACACGAACACGAGAGAGGAGGGAGACACCUUUCGAUGUUACCUUGCCGAAAAAUUAAUCGAGCAUUCGAGAUACACUUUGCCCUUUUCUUCGUCGCGCACUUUCAUUCGAUUUCCGAACGCGUAUAUCGUCGACGUUUCUAGAGUAUUUUCGGUGCGAGAGAAAAACAAGAGUAACACGGCAUACACGGUACAAUCGCCGAUCAGUGUCGAAUCGUUUGACGAGACACACCAUUUCACGAAUGCUUUCGUUUUCAACAUUGAAUUAUACGCAGUGGUUGCAUCGCAAUAUCAGGAUUAACCCUUUCGCUGCGAUACACGGAUGCGAAUGUAUACAACGAUACGGUAUCGACUAAACAGAAGGGAAUGAAACGAUAGGUAAAAUUGGUAAUUUUUUUUCCAAUCCAUUUACACGUCCUUCGCAAACGAGAAGCCAAGUUGUUGAGCAGCAAAAGGGUUAACGUCAACCGUGUUCGUCGCGAGGUGAAAUUCGUCGUCGAAGAUCGUGUCCACGUUAACGAGUGAUCGUAGCAGAGUUCGAUUUCAUUACCGUCGUUUAGUAGAGGAAACGAAAAUGUAAAAAAAGAAAUUCCCCUAAAAAAAAAAAAAGAAAAGAAAGAAAAAUGCGCGGAGACCAACGUAUCUUCGCGCGUGUACCCUCGGCGGUCGUCAAUUGUUUUUUGAAAGUAACGCGCUGUACUUUGUAUACACGUCGAUUAAUUAAUCUCGCGCGCGCGCGCUUAUGCGCCAAGUUAGAAUAACUCGUUUAAAGUAUAAUCUAUAAGGGAGAAACAAGAAGAAAAUGACGCUUAUAUCUGUAUACAGUGUACGUAGAGUAGCGGUAAUCGACCUUUUUCGAACGCCAUUCUGCACUCGUAAUUCGUAAGCGUAGACCCGACGAAAAACAAAAAAAAAAAACAAAACAAAAACAAACGUGACACGUUUUUACGCGAUGAUAGGACUUAGGCCACACCGUACAUUCGGAAGUGCUAACGAGUUGUUCGAGUUAUCCGAUUUAUCGAAAUUUUUUAUACCGAUAGAGUUUUAUUCCGACCAGUACCCGGAGAUUCGUUACGUUGAACAAGGAAAAGAAUAAGACUUUAACGCGUAGUUAUCGUUGCUGUGAUGUUUUGCAACCGUUGACGGACGCACGAACGCGCGAAGUCUGCAGGGUGUUUCACGACUCCGACCAGAAUCUGCGGAACGAAACGAGUUAAGUUCGUAGUUUUGAAACAACCUGUAUACAACUCGUUCGUGGAGGUCUUGUUUACUGGUGCGUGUUAGAUCGAUUAUAGAAUGUUUUACCGCUCCGCGAUCACGUGUGAACGCGAAUCGAAGUCGGUCGAGUGAUUCGUUCGGUGCAGCCAAUGUUGAGGAAAACGAAUUAGCAAAUUAGCUGCGAAAGUUAACGGAUACCUGAUUUCUGAUUAUUCUGAUUUCUGAAAAAAAAAUAGUCACUGCCCAACUUUGAUUUCUCCGAUUCGCUCCAGCCCGAACGAACACGCUCAAUCGUGCCUCAAGGUACGGUUGUCUAAAGUUUUAAAUAGAGUUCCAUUGAAAUGAAUUUUAUAGGGUUACGCUUGAGACACUUGUUGACAGUUUCAUAAAGUUUAUGCCUUGCCUUGUUUCGAACGUGGCUCGGCCGCGGUCCGCGCUGUGUCGUCGUCGCCGGUUCUGAACAGUUCCCGCGAGUCUGAGAUAUCGGGCGUAGUGCCUAUCGUGCCUGAGCACAACAUUCGGUCGUUUCUAUAUUCGAUAUAGGACCUACGAUUUUAGCGUCGGACAAUGGAAUCUGAAAUCCCGAUUGCUCGUAUCACCGCGAAUGUCACAGUCGCGCAGUGGGUAGCUCAAUACUGCGUAGAUCCUCGACGGUUAUCUUUUGUCUCGUUACUUUCCACUGUUUGCCCUUCGAUCUCGAUCGAUAGGCGGGGUCACGCGGGUACACGACAAUUUUUAAAAUACGUAACCGUAUUCUCCUGUAAAUAAGACUUUAAAACUCGCGUGUACGGACUCGAUCGCAGUAAAGAUUUAUUGAACGGUAAGGAAAUAGUCUAUGCGUUGACAUUGUAAAAAGUCUAAUUAUUGUUGCAAAUUAGCGAAGAAGCCGGUGUUUACCAAGGACGCUUCUUUAACCGCAAAGAAUAUCUAUGCUCGAGAGCAGCUUUGCAGGCACAGAGACGUCCACAUUUUCCUUGGAUUCGUUACUAAAUGGCCAGCUCUGUAUCAACGCGUGCAUCGUCCCUUCGAGGGGUGACGAGGCAAAAUAAAGCGAAAAGUAAGAACGACGAAAGUGCUGCUUCGACUUGCAAGUGCCUACAGAGAUACUCUCCGGUGUAGUUGCUUAGCUUUGUCUGAGGUAAACGAUCGGUAAAAGGAAAGCACAAGAUAAGGAAGAAGCUCGAAAAGUUACCGCGUUAAAUCGAACUCUCUUCCUCCCGAUUCGCUCUGUCCCACCCGCAAAAGUCUCGUCGCGCGCGAGACGGUGCCAAAGCGCGUAGACGUUCGUCGCUCUAGAUUGUAAGAUCAUUCUGGUGGUUUCGUGUAAACGUGCAAUAUAAAACGAUAAUAUAUCACGCGAUCCGCCGAUGAUCGUCUAAACGUGUAAGCUACUCUAGACUCGAGCUGGUAACGUCAAUUUUUGUCAUUAGUGGAUCACCUUCUCCCAUUUCCGACACUUCUCUUUUUUGUGAAUCGUAGUACUUAAACUCGCGACCAGCCGAGUAAACGUCACUUUACGGUAGAGAUGGACAAAAUCCGUAAUAAAUCCAAAAUAAAAUUUGUUAAUCAAGCGUUUCUAAUGUUGGCCUUAUUCCACGUUUGUCGUUCGAGUGACAUUUUGCCCAUCUCUGCUUCACGAAAACAUCACCAUUGCGUUUCGACUGGCGAUAAUUGCGAGCUAGCGAACGGAACCGAUGGACGGUAGAGCGAGUAACGAGGUGUGAUCUGUACGUGAAUAUUAUCGCGCGUAGAAGCGGGCGCUGAUACCGCGAACGUGAAAUUGGGAUCGAAUUUAUGGAAUACUGUGUCGUGUUCUCGUGAAUUGCAUCGAAGGAUGAGAAAAUCUGUGCAGCGAGAUCUCUUCGAUGUUAAGAAGUCGUGCGUUAGAGUGAUCUUUACUUCUCGAUUUUGAUUGUAUCGUCUCUCUAGAAUCGUGCCACUCGGCGAGAAAAUGAAAUUGAUGCGGGGGAAAAACGAAACUCGACGAGAAGUCGUCGAGUCUUCGUCAGAGUCCGUGUUUCCGGUUUCGAGGAAAUUGACAAACGACCAAAGCAUCACCGACAAAUUAAUCGUUUCGAGCGUAAAUUUAAAGUAGCACUUAGCGAUGUUGAGAAUCAUUUCCGUUUGCAUCGACGGUGUUGCGCAAGAUUCGAGGCAUUCUCUCAUCCACGUUUUUCUCUUCUCUUAAUAUACGUGUACGAAUACAUACGUACGUAAAAUAAACCAUAAACGCACUCUUCCUUGCUCUCCCUCUCUCUCUCAUGCACGCACGUACACACGCUCUUUCCGCGCCGAGAGAAAGAGAGUGGCUUGAGGGGUCUUCUUGUUUUAGCGUCUCGAAAAAUGAUCAUCCUCAAACUUGACGCGUGCUCUUGUCGAUUAUCGAGCAAAGUUUUGCCAAUUUUUAUAACUAGAAAAUUAAUCUAUAGCAACGACUGAGAUCGUCGAUAGUGGUUGAAUUACGAAUUUUUACGAAAUUUUUAGAAGAAAAGAAUGAAAAUUGACUAGGUAUCGAUACUUGUAAGAGUAGUUUCGUUUUUAUAUAUCUUGACCUCCAGUUUGAAAAAUAUGAAACUCAGAAAAGCUCGUUUAAGGCCUGGCUCUUCGGCCGUGCAUCGUUAGAAAGAGUAAAUAAAACUGGAUUUCUUAAAAAAAAAAAAGAAAAAAAAACCACUAAAAUGAAAAGACCCCUUAAAGAGUCGACGCGUCAAUUUAUCAUCGUACUCGAUAAGAAUGCAGUCUCAGCAUGCGUCAUUACCGCGAACAUUUUUGCCGCGGCGUGCAAUUAAAAAGUAAAAUAGGUAGAAAAAAAAAAUGGAAACGGAAAAUCGAAGGUAAGGGAGAAUAGCUACACGAACUGAUCGUAGCAUCGAACGCGCGUGAGUUUAGGAAUGAAGGAGACAUUGUAAUAUUUGUAUAUAGCCAUGUUAUCGUGGUAAAGAAAUCACCUAUAUUAUUAUAAAUAUUGCGCAUAUAUAUACAUAUAUAUACGUGUAUGUAUAUGUAUAUAUAUAUACAUAAAUAGAUCUAAAUAUUAAGUCUGUAAUGCCGUUACGUUGUUGUACCAUAUUAUUGUGAACACCAUUUCUCAGACAUCGAUUUUUUUAAAUAAAAAGAAAGUCUCUAUCCACAUAACGCUAAGUACCAAGCAGAGUAUCCGUCGUAAAUCCACCGCACCGUGUACGAUUCGAUUUUCACUUUGUCGCGACUUGCUCGUCUCGUCUCGUCUCGAUUCCUGGCGCCUAGCAUCGUCGUCGCGACGCGCGACGCUUCGUACGCUCGCCAGCCGCUUUCACCGCGACUUUCGACUACAAAAAACGGCGAAACGAUUCUUUCGGAAUUCAUAAAGAAAAAACUAGGCACGUUGAUCGUUGACCUGAAUUCGAAAUGUAACACGAUUUUACGAAAUUCGUCUCGAAGCUUAUCUUUUCAAUUGAUCGCGAGAGGAUGCUCGGCGAUUCCUCGCGACGAGAUCGGUGCCUGAACGUUCUACCAACGAGCCUUCUUGUCAGACUGAUGUUCGUACUAAUCUACCUAAUCAACGACCAAUUCGCGCAAGCGCUACCAUCGCUAAAUAUCUGCGCCACGAAAUCAGUCUGCGAUCAGAAACGCGACGAAGGAGUACCCUCGGGAUGCGCUUGACCAAAACUGUCCGCUUUUCUUGCCUCGAAUACGUUGGAAAUUACAUUCACCGAUUAGAACGGAAUCUGAAACAUCCGCGAGCUGUCCUUCCCUGAUCUUAAUCAUUUUACCCAUCUUUAAGGGACACUUCGCGGAUGUUCGUUGCAAGAAAGGUGUAUCUGUUCGCGUGCGGAUCUAUCCGCGAAACCGCGGGGCGUGCAAAGCGAGCCUUCGAUCUCGAUCGACUGUCCGCCGAUAGCUGGAAACUCUGCGGAUCCUAGAUACACAUACACACACGUACACAGCGGACGUCGACGCGACGAACGUACGAUAUAAACAAUAAGAAAGGAUAGAACGUCACCUUCGGCAUUUCUCGCCUAGCACGACACCGUGGCCCUUCGGCCCGUCGAUGUGUAAACAAUUGUUUCAUAUUGUUGUAAAGUAGUACGGUGCAUAAGAAGAGAUGGAUGAUAUACAAUAGGGGACGGCGGGGCUUGCCUGUGUCGAGGACAAACGUCAAAGUCUCUCCCCCACCCCUCCCGAUAAUGUAAGCGCACAAAAAGAGGGUUAACGAUCUAUGUGUCUUCUGCGUGUUUAAUCGUAUCUUUGUUAUUAAAUCUUGAACGUCUA